AUUGUUUCCGGAUUUCAAAUACACCUUCAUUUUAAAUUAAAUCAAUUUAUUCUAUGAAAUUGUUCAUUAAAUUGAGUGAAAUGUAAAAAAUUAUUUCGUAGAAAUAAAAUUUUCGUAAAUAUUAUAAUCUUUUAACUUAAAUUAGAAUCAUGGAUAAUAACAAAAUUGGAUCAAAAGGAGAAACUGUUAUGUAUUCGCAACUACAACCAUGGAGUACUGUAGGAGUACUACCAUGCAUGGAACAAAUUGCUGGCCCACCAAUUCCAAUUAGAGUUGGAGAAUUUUAUAAAACUCCAAAACCGCAUCCAUGGCGUCCUACUUUAGGAUAUGAAAUGAUAGAAGCAUCUCCUUUACCUGCACAACCUAUAACAAAUUUGCUCGCUAAUACUUGUUAUAUGCCAAAAGGAAUGGCUACGGAACCGUUACGAUUUCCAAAUUUGGUAACAGGUUUUGAUAGAAAUCCUGCUCAUGCAGCACGAACUGCACUUUUUACAAGAUAUGGCCCAUAUGAAUGGGUACAAAAUCAGUUAAGGCUUUAUAAUGAAUCGGAUAGCAAUAGAAAUUUUUCCGAAAAUUUACGACAGGAUACCGUUCGAAUAAUGCGAGAAACCGACGAAAAAGUACAAAAAGGUCAAAUUGAAACCGGUCGUAAAUUAGGAGAAAGAAUUACGGAUACUACAUUCUGGAGAAAUGAAAUGGCUUCAGAAUUGGAAAGAUUAAUAAUAGAAAAUGCAAAAAUGCAAGAAUGUCGUCGAAAUUUACAAAUAACAAUACAAAGUUUAGAAGGUCAAUUGCAUAUUGCGCAGGAAUGUUUAUACUAUCGUGAAGCUAGAACAGGUUCUGAUUUGGUACAUGAUCAAGCUGAACAUGCUCUUUUAAAAGAAGUGGAAGUAGUUAGAAAUUGCGAAAAUAAAUUAGAACAUUUUACAGAUAAAUGUAAUAAUCAGCUGACGAAUGGUAGAGCAGUACAAAAUCAAUUAGAAAUUGAUAUAAAAAAUAAAGAAACUGCACUUGGAAUUGAUAUUACAUGUCAUCAAAUGAAUAAUUUUAGUCGUGGAUUAAAAUAUUACGGUGGUAUUGAAAAAUAUGAUCCCAGUGUUACAGAAGCUGAAUCGUGGAUUGAAGCUUCCAAUAAUCUAGUAAAAAAAUCACAAACAGAACGAGAAAAAUCUAAUCAAUUACGAAGUGAUAUAGAAAUUGCAAUAAAUGCAGUUGGACAUGAAAUGUGGGAAGCGUGGGGAAAUACAAAUAAUGCGUUAGCUAGAAGAGCUGCAGAAAUGCUUGAAGCAAAAGAAAAAUUACAAAUACAUUUACAUAAAAUUCAACAAGAAAUAUUUGAGGUUGAAAAGAAUUUGCAAUUAAUACAAAAAGCUAUCACAGAUAAAAGUUCUGCUCUUAAAGUAGCACAUACUCGUUUAGAAAGCAGAACACAUCGACCAGCUGCAGAAUUGUGUAAAGAUUAUGCUCAACUUAGAAUGAUUGAGGAAGUAGAAACGAUAAAUUCGACGAUACAUGAUAUGAAUUUAAAAUUACAAAGAUUCGAAGCACAACAUCAACAACUUUUACGGACUAGAUCUAAUUUAGAAACUGAUUUAAAAUCUAAGGUUGAUGCAUUAUUUAUUGACAGAGAAAAAUGUAUGGGAAUGCGAAGAAGUUACCCGAUUGCAUCAGUUAUAAAGUUUUGAAAUAUAUAUAAGUAUAUA